AAGAAAUAAUAGUUAGAUGUCAUUCCUGGUUUAACGUUGAACCAGAAGGUACUGGGCACAUUUUUGGGAGUCCUUUUAGUUUCUCCAUGAAUUUUGCAACGAUGACAUUGAGGUGACAGUGCACCUUUUCCGGUGAUGAGAGACAGAAAUCAAUGAAUUAAAAUUAAAAACGAUGACGAACAACGAGUUACAACGGUUUGCAGCCUCGUCUUCAUCUCAUUUUCGUAGCCAUUUUUCAAAAUCAUUCUCCCUUCGGAAGAAAGUGCCAUGGUGGUACCAAAUACUCCAUCCACGUUCACAAUUCAUUGCACGAUGGAACAUAAUGUUCCUCUAUUCCUGCCUCUUUGCUCUGUUUUUAGACCCUCUUUAUUUCUACAUUCCCAUUACGGGUGACAAAGCUUGUAUGCAAACUGAUUUGGUUCUCGGUGUUUGCGUCACCUUUGCACGUACCGUCGCUGACCUAUGCUUUUUCUUUCAUAUGAUUCUUAAGUUUCGCACCGCUUUCAAUUCUCCUACCUCUCACAUUUAUGGUCGCAAAGAACUUAUAACGGAUCCAAGUAUGAUCGCUCACCGAUACCUCAAGCAUGAUUUCAUCAUUGAUCUUCUUGCUACUCUUCCUUUGCCCCAGAUAGUUAUUUGGAUUGUGAUUCCGGCGACAAAAAAUUCAACAGCAGCUCAUGCAAACCACACACUGUCCCUAAUCGUUCUGAUUCAGUACAUUCCUAGGUUGUUUCAGAUUUUUCCUUUACAACGCCGAAUCUUGAAGACCAGCGGGCUUAUAGCCAAAACUGCUUUGGCAGGGGCAUUGUACAAUCUCGGUUUCUACAUGCUCGCCAGCCAUGUUUUAGGAGCAACAUGGUAUGUGACGUCUAUUCAACGACAAUACGAGUGUUGGAGAAUAAUGUGCAAGAAGGAAAUGAACAGAACACAUUCUCCUUCUUGUAAUCCUUCUUUUUUUGAUUGUACUACUCUUUAUAACCGUGAGCGCCAAGCUUGGUUCAGACGCACUAAAGUCCUCACUGAUUGUGAUGCCCUCAAUGAUAAAAAUCACUUUCAGUUUGGAAUGUUUGCUGAUGCUUUUACUGACCAUGUCUCUUCCUCUAGAUUCUUCCAAAAAUAUUUUUAUUGCCUCUGGUGGGGCUUGAAAAAUCUAAGUUCAUACGGACAAAAUCUUCAAACUAGUACUUACAGUGGUGAAACAUUAUUUUCAAGUUGCAUAUGCAUAUCAGGUCUUAUCCUCUUUGCACAUCUCAUUGGUAAUAUGCAGAAUUAUCUGCAAUCUUCAACUGCAAGACUUGAAGAGUGGAGACUGAAACAAAAAGAUACAGAAGAAUGGAUGAAUCAUCGCCAACUUCCACCGGAACUACAAGAACGCGUUCGUCGCUUUGUUCAGUAUAAAUGGCUUGCCACUAGAGGUGUUGACGAAGAAGUCAUUUUGCGCUCCUUGCCCGUUGAUCUUCGCCGCCAGAUUCAGAGGCAUCUCUGUCUUGAUAUUGUCCGCCGGGUACCAUUUUUUGGCCAAAUGGAUGAUCAACUUCUAGAUGCUAUAUGUGAACGUCUAGUUUCAUCUUUGAACACAAAAGAUUCAUAUAUAGUUAGAGAAGGUGAUCCAGUGAGGGAGAUGCUUUUUCUCAUCAGAGGAAGUGUAGAGAGUUCUACAACAGAUGGUGGUAGAUCAGGUUUCUUCAAUUCUAUCACACUAAAACCAGGUGACUUUUGUGGUGAAGAACUGCUAACAUGGGCUUUGAUGCCAACAUCAAAUCUCAACCUUCCAUCUUCUACAAGAACAGUGAAGACCCUAAGUGAACUAGAAGCCUUUGCACUUAGAGCAGAGGAUCUCAAAUUUGUGUCAAGCCAGUUUAAGAAACUUCACAGCAAGAAACUCCAACAUGCUUUCAGAUACUAUUCUCAUCAGUGGAGAGCUUGGGGGGCUUCUUUUAUACAAGCGGCUUGGCGGCGUCACCGCAAGAGAAAAUUGGCAAUGGAGUUGAUGGAAAAAGAGAACUUGUUAUAUGGAAAUAUGGAGUUGGAAGAUUAUGAAGAGGAGAGUGAUGCAGGGGAGAGUUCCAUGGGAGAUAAUGCCAGUCAUGGACAAAAUUUUGGGGUUACAUUUUUGGCGUCAAAGUUUGCUGCAAACACUAAGAAAGGAGCAUUUAAAAAGGUGACAUUAAUCCCUGAUAGUAGUAGUUUAAAGAUGCCUAAGAUGUUCAAGCCAACUGAGCCUGAUUUCUCAACAUUUCAAGAAGAUUAAUUAGUUGAAGUCUCACGAGGACUGGACAAAAGCAAUUCAUGUUUCUUAAUUUGUAUCUAACUAGUUGUACAAAAGCAAUGAUUUUUUUCUCAAUAAUUUAUCAAAGUUAUAUCACAUUAAUUAAGAUUAAGUAAUUGAUGUUGUCUGUUCCGCAAAAAACAAUAUUUUUUGUGAAUUUUUGUCUCCAUCCAUUGGAUUUUCA